UUUCUCUUAAGUUGGUUGAAAAAAAUAAAAUCUGUCAGGACGGGCGGAAAAAUGCCACUUCCCGACUAACAGGCGGAAUCCAGCCCAGAUUUUCAGUCCUUUCUUCUUCUUCUUCCUUGCCGUUCACUAAUUUAUCCCGAGGUUAGCACAUUCUGUCUUGUUAUAGCGGACGCCUGUAGGUUGGCUACAAGGGACCAUUACUUACUGAUCACGGUGACUCUGGUCUGCAACUGAAGGCGGAAGGAGAAGUUGGGAAAACUUUUUUCUCUAAGCUCGCUUUCUCUCUCUCUUUGUAGCUAUUAUUCUCGAUGCUUAUUAAGAGGGAAAAAAACCCCUUGGUGCUUCUGUUGUGAAUGUGAAACAUUAUCUUCCAGCUGUACAGUGACACAUUUUUUUUUAAGGAGAAAAGACUCCUGAUCCGUUUGCCAAGAGGGGGGUGGGGAGGUGGAAUAAUGUUAUCGAGUGAUUAUUCUGGCUGAGAUGUGUUAUUUGGUUUCUUCCUUCUUGAUCAUUUGGUGUUUAAGUAAAAUGAGGCUCAGGCUUGUUUGCGGAGUGGAGUGGGAAAGGCAUUUUGAUUUGCUGGCCUAAUUAAAAUAUGAUAAAGGAUUAAAGGAAAAGGUGGACCAGGACUGAAGGGUGUAAAAUCCCCGGACACAUUCCUGGGGCAGGAAAAAGAAGAGGAAGAUUAGAAGAUUUUUUUUUUUUUCUCUAAGAGAAAGCCCAGCGGAGCUAAACGAAUGUCCCCCCAUCUCCAAAGGAAAGUUCAUCGGAUUUUUAUUCUAGAGAGCCCGUCUUCAGGAUGUCAGUGAACAUUUCUACUGCUGGAAAAGGUGUGGAUCCAAAUACGGUUGAUACUUAUGACAGUGGCGAUGAUUGGGAAAUCGGGGUUGGAAAUUUAAUAAUUGAUUUGGACGCCGAUUUGGAGAAGGACAGACAGAAAUUUGAGAUGAAUAAUUCCACCAACACCACUAGCAGCAGCAACGCCAAGGAUUGUGGAGGUCUGGCCUCCAGUGGGGCCGGUGCUACCACAGCUUUAGCUGAUGGCCUAAAAUUUGCUUCUGUUCAGCCCUCUGCUCCCCAGGGGAAUUCACACAAAGAGACCAGCAAAUCAAAAGUGAAAAGGAGUAAAACUUCUAAGGAUGCUAAUAAAUCUCUGCCUUCUGCUGCCUUGUAUGGGAUUCCCGAGAUCAGCAGCACUGGCAAGAGGCAGGAAGUCCAAGGGCGCCCUGGAGAGGCAACUGGCAUGAAUUCAGCGCUGGGUCAAAGUGUGAGCAGCGGCGGCGGCGGCGGCCCAAACAGCAAUAGUACCAGCACCGGCACCUCGGCGGCCACCGCGGGGGCAGCCUCCUGUGGGAAAAGCAAAGAGGAGAAGCCAGGUAAAAGCCAGAGCAGCCGAGGAACCAAGCGGGAUAAGGAUGCGGGGAAAUCCAGGAAGGACAAACACGACCUGCUUCAGGGCCACCAGAAUGGCAGUGGCGGCCAGACCCCCUCCGGGGGCCACCUCUAUGGCUUUGGGGCCAAGAGUAAUGGAGGUGGCACGAGCCCCUUCCACUGCGGGGGCACUGGGAGUGGCAGUGUGGCCGCUGCAGGGGAAGUUAGCAAAAGUGCCCCGGAUUCAGGGCUCAUGGGAAACUCUAUGUUGGUAAAGAAGGAAGAGGAGGAGGAGGAAAGCCACAGGCGAAUCAAGAAACUGAAAACCGAGAAGGUCGAUCCCCUGUUUACAGUGCCAGCACCGCCACCACCGAUUUCCAGCAGUCUCACGCCUCAGAUUCUGCCCUCCUACUUUCCCCCAUCUUCAUCCAAUAUUGCAGCACCGGUUGAACAGCUUUUGGUUCGGACUCGUUCUGUGGGUGUCAAUACGUGUGAAGUUGGAGUAGUGACAGAGCCAGAGUGUCUUGGGCCCUGUGAACCCGGGACCAGUGUGAAUUUGGAAGGGAUCGUGUGGCAUGAAACAGAAGAAGGUGUCCUAGUGGUCAAUGUGACGUGGAGGAAUAAGACAUACGUGGGGACCCUCCUGGACUGCACCAAGCACGACUGGGCCCCUCCCAGGUUUUGCGAGUCCCCGACCAGCGACCUGGAGAUGCGAGGGGGCCGCGGCCGAGGCAAGCGGGCGAGGGCGGCGGCGGCGGCCCCGGGCUCGGAGGCCAGCUUCGCCGAGUCCCGGGGGCUGCAGAACAAGAACCGAGGGGGUGCCAACGGGAAAGGGAGGCGCGGCAGCCUCAACGCCAGUGGCCGGAGGACACCCCCCAAUUGUGCCGCCGAGGACAUCAAAGCCAGCCCCUCCUCCACCAACAAAAGGAAAAACAAGCCCCCCAUGGAGCUGGACCUGAACUCCAGCUCGGAGGACAAGCCUGGGAAGCGCGUGCGCACCAACUCCCGGAGCACGCCCACCACCCCGCAGGGGAAGCCCGAGGCGGCCUUUUUGGACCAGGGCUGUGCCUCUCCGGUGUUGAUCGAUUGCCCCCACCCCAACUGCAACAAAAAGUACAAGCACAUUAACGGCCUGCGGUACCACCAGGCGCACGCCCACUUGGACCCUGAGAACAAGCUGGAGUUCGAGGCCGACGGCGAGGACAAGAUCUCCGACUGCGAGGAAGCGCUGAGCCACGUGGCCCUCGAGUGCAGCAGCGAGGCAAGCACAAGCGGCUCGGCCUACGACCAGGGGAAGGCACCCGGGUCCCCCGGCGCGGGGAACCCCCCCGGCACCCCCAAGGGAAAGAGGGAGCUCCUGAGCAACGGCCCGAGCGCCGUGGCCAGCGCGAAAGCUGGCAAGAAUUCGGGCAAAAAGAAGGGCCUGAACCAUGAACUGAACAACCUGCCCGUCAUCUCCAACAUGACGGCCGCCUUGGACGGCUGCGCCGCGGCCGACGGCAGUCUGGCCGCCGAGAUGCCCAAACUGGAAGCCGAGGGGUUAAUCGACAAGAAGAGCUUGGGAGAGAAAGAGAAGGGCAAAAAGGCCACCAACUGCAAAAUGGACAAGAAUCUCUCGAAGCUGAAAACGGCGCGGCCCAUUGCCCCGGCCCCGGCCCCCACCCCGCCGCAGCUCAUCGCCAUCCCCACGACGGCCUUUACCACCACCACCACGGGCACCAUCCCCGGGCUGCCCUCCCUCACCACCACGGUGGUCCAGGCCACGCCAAAGAGCCCCCCGUUGAAACCCAUCCAGCCAAAGCCCACCAUUAUGGGAGAGCCCAUCACGGUCAACCCAGCCCUGGUGUCGCUCAAAGACAAAAAGAAAAAGGAGAAGCGGAAGCUAAAGGACAAGGAAGGGAAAGAGACGGGGAGCCCGAAAGUGGACGCCAAGCUGGGCAAGCUGGAGGACGCCAAGGCGGCUGGGAAAGACGUGCCUGGGCAUUUUUUGAAGGACCACCUCAACAAGGGUGAAGGGCUGGCCAACGGGCUGUCAGAGUCUCAAGAGAGCCGCAUGGCCAGUAUCAAAGCCGAAGCCGAUAAGGUGUACACGUUCACAGACAACGCCCCCAGCCCGUCCAUCGGGAGCGCGUCGAGGAUGGAGUGCAGCGCCGUGGUGAACGGGCAGGCGCCCAUGGCCCCGCUGCACGUGUUGACACAAAACGGAGCCGAGGCGUCCGCGGCCAAGACCAACAGCCCCGCCUACUCGGACAUCUCGGACGCCGCGGACGACGGCGGAUCCGACAGCCGCUCAGAGGGCAUGAGGUCCAAAGCCAGUUCUCCGGCAGACGUGAUGUCUGCUAAGGACGGUGUUGUCAAAGGGCAUGCUUCAGCCGCCGCGCAACCCUCUCAAAUGAAAGAGCCGUCCCAUUCCCCCUACUACCACGGCUACGACCCGUACUACUCCCCAAGCUACAUGCACCCGGGGCAGGUGGGCGCCCCCGCAGCUGGCAGCAGCGGGAGCGCCCAGGGAAUGAAGAUCAAGAAGGAGUCCGAGGAAGACGCCGAGAAGAAAGACAGGGCCGAGCAGUUAGAGUCUAAGAAAGUGGACCACGCUUCGGCCUCCUUGCAGGCUCAGCACCAGUCGGUGAUCACACAAAGACACCCCGCCCUGGCUCAGUCCCUGUAUUAUGGCCAGUAUGCCUACGGGCUCUACGUGGACCAGAAGUCCCUGAUGGCCACCAGCCCCGCCUACAGACAGCAGUACGAGAAGUACUAUGAGGACCAGAGGCUGGCAGAGCAGAAGAUGGCCCAAGCUGCCAGAGGGGACUGCGACAGGAAAAGCGAACUCCCUUUGAAGGAGCUGGGCAAGGAGGACAGUAAGCAGAAAAACUUGCCGUCGGCCACAAUCUCAAAAGCUCCCUCUACUCCGGAGCCUAACAAAAACCAUUCUAAACUAGGGCCAUCAGUGCCUAAUAAAACUGAGGAGACAGGUAAAUCGCAGCUUCUCUCCAAUCACCAGCAGCAGCUUCAGGCCGACAGCUUCAAAGCUAAGCAGAUGGAAAACCACCAGCUUAUUAAGGAGGCUGUAGAAAUGAAGUCUGUCAUGGACUCUAUGAAGCAGACAGGUGUAGACCCAACCUCGAGAUUUAAACAAGACCCAGAUUCAAGGACAUGGCAUCAUUACGUAUAUCAGCCCAAAUACCUGGAUCAGCAAAAGCCCGAAGAGCUCGAUAGAGAGAAAAAACUAAAGGAGGAUAGUCCGCGGAAGACGCCUAACAAGGAGAGCGGUGCCCCCGGCCUUCCUGUGUCUUUAACUAGCAUCAAAGAGGAGCCCAAAGAGGCCAAGCGCCCCGACUCGCAAUCCAUGGAAGAAAACAAGCUGAAAAACGAUGAUCGAAAGACCCCCGUGAACUGGAAGGACUCUCGGGGAACGAGAGUGGCUGUCUCCUCGCCCAUGAGUCAGCAUCAGUCGUACAUACAGUACUUGCAUGCUUACCCUUACCCACAGAUGUAUGACCCCAGCCACCCUGCAUACCGCGCUGUCUCUCCUGUCCUAAUGCACAGCUACCCCGGGGCCUAUCUCUCUCCAGGAUUUCAUUAUCCUGUGUAUGGGAAGAUGUCCGGGAGAGAAGAGGCAGAGAAAGUCAGUACCAGCCCUAGCAUCAACACGAAAGCAACCACUGAAUCGAAAGCCCUGGAUCUGCUCCAGCAGCAUGCCAACCAGUACCGCAGCAAGUCCCCCGCGCCUGUGGAGAAGGCUACUGCCGAGAGGGAACGGGAAGCAGAGAGGGAAAGGGAUCGCCACUCCCCCUUCAGCCAGAGGCACUUGCAUACACAUCACCACACCCACGUUGGCAUGGGCUACCCACUCAUCCCUGGUCAAUAUGACCCUUUUCAAGGCUUGACCUCUGCUGCCCUAGUUGCCUCUCAGCAGGUGGCUGCCCAGGCAUCUGCCUCAGGAAUGUUUCCUGCACAAAGAAGAGAGUAACAAGAUUGGAAAUGUAUGUUGUCAUGUGACUGGAUCACAUGGAGAAGCGCUUUAUACAGACAUCAGUUCCAUGGUGUUAAUUUGAAAUGCCUUAAUGGCAGGCAAAAACCAGUCAUUUCAUUUUUGUAAAUUACAGAUUUUAUCACAGAGUAACAAAUGUUGCUGUAAUUAAACUUCUGUUUUAUAUAUAUAUACGUAUACAUAUAUGUAUAUAUACAUACAUAUAUAUAUAUAUAUAUUCUUUACUUUUUUGUAUCAGUAACCAGGCUCGCCACACAGGGUCUGCUGCCAAGUUGGAAACCACUCAGUAAAGGAAAUAAUUUAAAAAAAAAAUGUAUUUGUCAUGUUGAAAAGUGUUAGCCACAAAAGGCUGUUUACUUUUUUCCCCCUUUUCCUUUUCAAUUGUAAAUAAAUGAUGUUCUGUAUCAGUGUGCCUGAUCCUUGCAUAUCCUUCAGCUAUUCCUAGAAGCCCCUCAGAAAGGCUAACUGUGAUGAUGACACUUGGGUACAAUGUAGAUGUCUAUUUGGUGGCUCCUGUUGAAGACGCAUCCGUGUAAGCUGUUCCUGUAGUCUCUGUUCCCUCGUACUUGUGUAUUGUGGACAAUAUACUUUUGGAAGGCAUGGGGUUUGCCAGUACCACAAAAACUGUGUUGUAUAUAAUGUAAAGAUUAAAAUGGGGAAAUAAUGAGCAUCUGUGAAUAAUGAGGUGUCAUUUCUUGAUAAGCUUGAAUGGCAAAUAACCCAGUAGCCUGCGUACCAGAGACAUCUGUGAUUGUUCUAUUACUUGAAUAGUCCUGCGAUCUUUUUUCCCCCUCCCCCUUUCUUUCCCUCCCUCCCUCUCACUCUCUCUUUUUUUUAAUGUUUACAAUUACCCAGUUUUAGAAGAAAGAGACUUUAACGCCAUUGCCUGGUUACUUGUUUUAUGCUGUAAUCUAGUUUAUUUUAUGUAAAGUGUAUAUUGAAUGCUUUCCUUUUUUUAUACCUGCCUUAAAUAAUUUGGCAAUCAGAAUUAAAAAAGGUUGUUUUUUUUUU